CCAGCCGCAGAAUGCACCACAAAAUCUAGCAAAUCUAGAAAAACUAAUUCAACAUUCCCUGGCAAAUGGUACCUUAACAAAGGGCGGUGGAGUAUCGGACUUCCUCCUCAUACCGGUUGACCAGUCAGACGAGCACUUCCACCUUUAUUAUGACGGUGACUAUUUCGUCGCGCCGAGAACAAGACCACCGUUCGAUUUUGUUCUAAGCUCCACAUAUCCGGACGAACCACCAGCGGUAUUUUCACUGCAUGCGUAUACCUUCAAUGUGAAUGCGUCGUACAGAGGAAUCAGGUCAAAUAUACCCUCAACUGCAAGAGAAAUCGCGGCUCUGCCCUCACAAUCGGAACGCAAUGCUUCCUUCGUCGAGUUGCUGACUCUAAUGAAUGGUUUCGACCAUAUUACUGGUGGUACUGAAAUAUUCGAGGUGGCAGGCCUAAUCAGAUGGUAUAUAACAAACUAUAUUGGAUCUGUGGCCUACCAAAUGUUACCUGAUAUCGUGAAGUCUCUAUUUGAAGCUGGGCAAGCAAACUCCACCCAGCUUUAUUACAUUGAUGAUAUUACAGGAGAAAAAUACCCGAUGCAUGAACAUCUAGGAUUAUUGCAGCCAUCGGUUAUUUAUCCAUUUUCAAUUUCGGUCGUCAAUGUGUGGAAAUUCCGAAUUCAGUCGGAUACAGGUCGUAGUUGGGAUGUUGAAGGUGGCGAAAUAAUUUCAAUAUCAGGAACCAGUUUCGCAGAACUUUUCAGUGCUCAUCUUCCCACAACUUCUAUGCAAUACUUUCACCAUUGCAACCGAAACUGGAACCUUUGUUCGCCGCGGUGCUACAAAUGAUACUAAAAUUAGUUUCGUUCAUUCCGUGAGUGGCGAGCGGGCUAGGUUUAUGAUCGUGCCGUAUGAGUUUAACGUAACGGAAAUGUAUAAUCCCCAAGAUCAAGGAAGUCUUCCAAAUUUGGCACAUGCCAUCAGAAGAUAUUCAGACGCCUCCACCAUGGGACCCUGAUUUUCUUCUGUACUCGAACUAAUGUUCCGACAUGGUCACCUUCCUGGGAGUGAAAUCUUCACGGUUGGAGCCUAUAUGAGACAAUAUCUUAGUGUCGAUGAUCCCGCGCAUGCCUUCCUGCCACAGGCGGUGAGGCAAAUAUUGCGAGGGAAUUUGACAUGGACGUUCGAAAAUGAAGGCGACGUCACAUCCUAUCCGAUGAAAUAUAUGUGGGCUUCCGAUCUUCAUGAGGAUAUUCAGCCAUACCAGUUUCCAGUUUCACCUAUAUCUGCUACCAGGGCAACAAUUGUCAAGUUCGGGAUAAUCUAUGGGGUCAAUGCGGGCUCAAGACAGAGGAUAUUUAUCAAUCCUCAAACCUAAAUUAACGCAAGAAUUACUUUCUGGAGCGGUGACGUAUGAUUUUGAGCUGUGGUUGACCCCGGUGUUGGACGGGUUUUACGUGACGUCAAAUAAUACCGAGGUAGGCACUGGCGAUGCAGUGCCGGACUUUUAUUUUGACGUUAAAGCUGAAUCGAUUAGGGCAAAAUUCGCUGUGUGGGAAUA